AUGACGGAAAACGGCCAAAAUGGCCAUCCAGAACAAAAUGGACAAGAGAACGGACAACCAACAGCGGUGACUGAAGCCUUUGAGAAAAUUCAAGAUCUGCAGAUUGGUUAUUGUCGAUAUGGGAAUGGGCCUAACAAUAUGUUAUUCAUAUGUGGAGCUGUGGGUUGUUACAAAAAAGAUUGGCCAAGUUCCGUUUUGCAACAAUUCGACCCAGCUCUUGUCACCAUAAUUUGCAUUGAUCCACCUGGAUAUGGAACCUCGAGGCCUCCAGAUCGAAAACAAGAAGUGAAUCGGUGCAUGAAAGACUCAGUUUUCUGCCUAGAAUUGAUGAAUAAACUUGAUCUCAAUCCAUUUACGAUCGUUGGAUGGAGUGAAGGAGCGAGGACAGCCGUUCACGUAGCUGCUUCAGGAAAACAAAAAGUUAACAGAAUGAUUCUCUUGGCUGCGGGCACAAAAGUCGACCAGCGAGGUGCUUGGGCGUUUAGAGGAAUGCGAGACACUGAUUUGUGGUUGCCCAACGCUCGAGCUCCCUAUCUAGCACAUUACUCAAAUGAUUUUCUCAAGAAACAAUGGGCAGAUCUGUGUGAUGUCGUACAAGAGGUCUUCGAUAUGAUGGGUGGCCGAUUCACAUCAGAUUUGGUGCUCUCAUCAAUCAAAUGCCCAUCUUUGAUCAUGACCGGCGGACAAGACAGAUUUUGUACCGAUCCAAAGGUCAACUUCACACCGGUGCUCAAAAAUUGCAGAGUUGAGACCCAUCUACACGGCGGACACGAUUUCCACAUAAAGUACGCGAAAUGGUUUGCCGAAAAAGUGCAGAACUUCAUCAAAGAAACCCAA